CUUAACGACUCGUGCAAUCGAAAGAGAGAAAGAGAUAACCUCAACUGAGGCUUCUCACUUUCAGAAUCGUAUCUACCCUUUUCUUCACCACUCCGUGAGUGAUAGAGAAGAGUUAUUAGAUUCCACACACGACACCAAAAUGGCCAUUAACCAUGAAACUUGGGCUUUUGUUUUUGGCCUUCUAGGCAACGUCAUCUCCUUCAUGGUGUUCCUUGCUCCAUUACCAACAUUUUACCAAAUCUACAAGAAGAAAACUGCAGAAGGAUUUCAAUCGCUGCCAUAUGUUGUUGCACUGUUCAGCUCAAUGCUCUGGAUUUACUACGCACUCGUGAAGAAGGAUGCUAGCCUCCUUCUUAUUACCAUUAACUCCUUUGGAUGUGUGAUUGAGUCAAUUUACCUUCUCAUCUUCCUAGUUUAUGCCCCAAGUAAAACCAGGCUUUCGACCAUCAAGCUUCUUCUCUUGUUGAAUGUUUUUGGGUUCGGAGCCAUGCUUCUUUCAACCCUCUACUUUACAAAAGGAUCCAAACGUCUUUCUGUUAUUGGAUGGAUUUGCCUAGUUUUCAACAUUAGUGUGUUUGCUGCUCCUCUCUGCAUUCUGAAACGUGUGAUCCAAACCAAGAGCGUGGAAUUCAUGCCUUUCAGUUUGUCCUUCUUUUUGACUGUAAAUGCUGUCAUGUGGUUCUUCUAUGGCCUUCUUCUCAAGGACUACUACAUCGCUCUCCCAAAUACGCUUGGAUUUGUGUUUGGGAUAAUUCAGAUGGUGCUGUAUUUGGUUUAUAGAAACGCAAAGCCAAAGACAUUGGAGGAGCCAACCAAGUUACAGGAACUAAAUGGCCAUAUUGUUGACGUGGUGAAGUUGGGAACAAUGACACCCUCAGAGCCGAAUCAUGUCACAAAAAGUGGUGCUGUGACGGAGACAGCUAGCAACGUUUGAUGAACCAAGCAAUGAACAAGUCCAAAGAGAACGAAAAGAAAAUGAGGUCCCAAAAAUAUUAACCUAAAAGUAAAACCAUUUUAUGGGGUCUCAUCUCAACGCAAGAACAACAGUAUGUGUAGUUUGGUGUUUAGGGUUCUUCUUUUGUUAGGUGGUGAAUUAUGUUAGCAAGCAUGAACGUCUCUUUGGUCUCUUCUUCCAUCACUCUCACUGUAGUAAAAUGUGUAGCAUAGUCGUGUGUUGUCUUCUUUCGGUGUGUACCUCAGUCAAACUCGUUAAAUUCUCUCUUUCCUUGUACGCGUAAUCUAUGUUCAUGUUAUGGGAAUUAAUUAUUUUACGGGUUAUGAAA